GCGGCGGCGGUGGCGGCGGCGGUGCGGCGGCGCCCGGGCGGCAGCAGCGGCAACAGCAGCAGCAGCCCCCCUGAGGAGGGUGAGACGGCCGCCGUGUAGGCUGCUCGGAAGUCGGGCGGGACUGAGAGCUUCCCGCCUGCCGCUGGCGCUGAGGCUUUUUUGCCUUUUCUUAGCCUGCUUCUUCCUCACGGCCCUGGCUAGGGCUGGGCAGCGCGCCCCCGGGGAGGGGCGGAGCCGUAGAUAUGGUGUUAGGCAUUUCUUCAAAACUGAACAGUUGGAGACCUGUUAUUUCUGAGUAGCCUUAAGCAGACUUACAGCCAUUGAGAAACCUCACGGAAUUUCGUACUUUGCUUUCUGCUUUACACCUUUCUUGGCACCGAAGUUCAUCUUGCAACCAUGUAUGGAAGUGCUCGCUCAGUUGGGAAGGUGGAACCAAGCAACCAGAGCCCUGGGCGUUCACCUAGGCUUCCUCGUUCCCCUCGCUUGGGUCAUCGUCGAACCAAUAGUACAGGAGGGAGUUCUGGAAGCAGUGUUGGAGGUGGCGGUGGAAAAACCCUUUCAAUGGAGAAUAUCCAAUCCUUAAAUGCUGCUUAUGCUACAUCUGGACCUAUGUACCUAAGUGACCAUGAAAAUGUGGGUUCAGAAACCCCUAAAAGCACCAUGACGCUUGGGCGUUCUGGGGGACGUCUGCCGUAUGGUGUCAGGAUGACUGCUAUGGGCAGUAGCCCCAAUAUAGCUAGCAGUGGGGUAGCUAGUGACACCAUAGCAUUUGGAGAGCAUCACCUCCCUCCUGUGAGUAUGGCAUCCACUGUUCCUCACUCUCUUCGUCAGGCAAGAGAUAAUACAAUCAUGGAUCUGCAGACACAGCUGAAAGAAGUGUUAAGAGAAAAUGAUCUCUUGCGGAAGGAUGUGGAAGUAAAGGAGAGCAAAUUAAGUUCUUCAAUGAAUAGCAUCAAGACUUUCUGGAGCCCAGAGCUGAAGAAAGAACGAGCCCUGAGAAAAGAUGAAGCUUCCAAAAUCACUAUUUGGAAGGAACAGUAUAGAGUGGUGCAGGAGGAAAACCAGCACAUGCAAAUGACAAUCCAGGCUCUCCAGGAUGAAUUGCGGAUCCAGAGGGACUUGAACCAGCUCUUUCAGCAAGAUAGUAGCAGUAGGACUGGUGAACCUUGUGUGACAGAGCUGACUGAGGAGAACUUUCAGAGGCUACAUGCUGAGCACGAGCGGCAGGCCAAAGAGCUGUUCCUCCUUCGAAAGACUUUGGAGGAAAUGGAGCUGCGUAUUGAGACUCAGAAGCAAACCCUAAAUGCUCGGGAUGAAUCCAUCAAGAAACUUCUGGAGAUGUUGCAGAGCAAAGGGCUUUCUGCUAAGGCUACUGAAGAAGACCACGAGAGAACAAGACGACUGGCAGAGGCAGAGAUGCAUGUGCACCACCUAGAGAGCCUUUUGGAGCAGAAGGAAAAAGAGAACAGUAUGUUGAGAGAGGAGAUGCACCGGAGAUUUGAGAAUGCUCCUGAUUCCGCCAAAACAAAAGCUCUGCAAACUGUUAUUGAAAUGAAGGAUUCAAAAAUUUCCUCUAUGGAGCGUGGGCUCCGAGACUUGGAAGAGGAAAUUCAGAUGCUGAAAUCAAAUGGGGCCUUGAGUACUGAAGAACGGGAGGAAGAAAUGAAACAAAUGGAGGUCUAUCGGAGCCAUUCUAAAUUUAUGAAAAAUAAGGUAGAGCAACUGAAGGAGGAACUAAGUUCGAAAGAGGCUCAAGGGGAGGAGCUGAAAAAGAGAGCGGCUGGUCUUCAGGCUGAGGUCUUUGCCAUUGGUCAGGUGAAGCAGGAGCUGUCCAGAAAGGACACAGAACUACUAGCCCUACAGACAAAGCUAGAAACACUCACAAACCAGUUCUCAGACAGUAAGCAACACAUUGAAGUGCUGAAGGAGUCCUUGACUGCUAAAGAACAACGGGCUGCCAUCCUACAGACUGAGGUGGAUGCUCUCCGAUUGCGUUUGGAAGAAAAGGAAACCAUGCUGAAUAAGAAGACAAAACAAAUUCAGGAUAUGGCGGAGGAGAAGGGGACACAAGCUGGAGAGAUUCAUGACCUCAAGGACAUGCUGGAUGUGAAGGAGAGGAAGGUUAAUGUUCUUCAGAAGAAGAUUGAAAAUCUUCAAGAGCAACUUAGAGAUAAGGAAAAGCAAAUGAGCAGCUUGAAAGAACGAGUCAAAUCCUUGCAGGCUGACACUACCAACACUGACACUGCCUUGACGACUUUGGAGGAGGCCCUUGCAGAGAAAGAGCGGACAAUUGAACGCUUAAAGGAGCAGCGAGACAGAGAUGAGAGAGAGAAGCAAGAGGAAAUUGAUAACUACAAAAAAGAUCUUAAAGACUUGAAAGAAAAAGUCAGCUUAUUGCAAGGCGACCUCUCAGAAAAAGAGGCUUCACUCUUGGAUCUGAAAGAGCAUGCUUCUUCCCUGGCUUCCUCAGGACUCAAAAAGGACUCACGGCUUAAGACACUGGAAAUUGCUUUGGAACAGAAGAAGGAGGAGUGUCUGAAAAUGGAAUCACAUUUGAAAAAGGCACAUGAGGCAACAUUGGAAGCCAGAGCCAGUCCAGAGAUGAGUGACCGAAUACAGCAAUUGGAGAGAGAGAUUUCCAGGUACAAAGAUGAAUCUAGCAAGGCCCAGGCAGAAGUUGACCGUCUCUUGGAAAUCUUGAAGGAGGUGGAAAAUGAGAAGAAUGACAAAGAUAAGAAGAUUGCAGAGUUGGAAAGGCAAGUGAAGGACCAGAAUAAGAAGGUAGCGAAUCUGAAGCACAAGGAACAGGUGGAAAAGAAGAAGAGUGCACAGAUGCUUGAGGAGGCUCGACGAAGGGAGGACAAUCUCAAUGACAGCUCCCAACAACUACAGGACAGUCUCCGUAAGAAGGAUGACAGGAUUGAAGAGCUGGAAGAAGCACUAAGAGAGAGUGUACAGAUAACUGCAGAGCGAGAAAUGGUGCUAGCACAAGAGGAGUCAGCCAGGACCAGUGCUGAAAAACAGGUCUGCAAUUUUAUACAGUUACUGGCAAUGCUGCUGGUUAAACCAAAGGUGGAGGAAUUACUGAUGGCCAUGGAGAAAGUAAAGCAAGAACUGGAGUCCAUGAAAGCAAAGCUGUCCUCCACUCAACAGUCUCUAGCAGAAAAGGAAACUCAUUUGACCAAUCUUCGGGCAGAGAGAAGGAAACACUUAGAGGAAGUUCUGGAGAUGAAGCAAGAAGCUCUUCUGGCUGCCAUUAGUGAAAAAGAUGCCAACAUAGCUCUUCUGGAGCUUUCAUCCUCUAAGAAAAAGACCCAAGAGGAAGUGGCUGCCCUGAAGCGGGAGAAGGAUCGUCUGGUGCAGCAACUCAAGCAGCAGACACAAAAUCGCAUGAAGCUAAUGGCUGACAAUUAUGAGGAUGACCACUUCAAAUCCUCCCAUUCCAAUCAAACCAAUCAUAAACCCUCCCCAGACCAGAUCAUCCAGCCCCUCUUAGAACUUGACCAAAAUAGAAGCAAAUUAAAGUUGUAUAUUGGACACCUGACAGCCCUCUGCCAUGACCGAGACCCCCUGAUCCUCCGUGGACUUACUCCACCAGCUUCCUAUAACUUGGACGAUGACCAGGCAGCUUGGGAGAAUGAGCUGCAGAAGAUGACCCAGGAACAGCUUCAGAAUGAGUUAGAAAAAGGUGAACGGGACAAUGCAGAACUACAGGAGUUUGCCAAUGCCAUUCUCCAGCAGAUAGCAGAUCAUUGCCCCGAUAUCCUGGAGCAAGUGGUCAACGCAUUAGAAGAGUCUUCCUGACCCUGCUUCAUGGGGAGUGGCCAGCCCAGCAGCCUGCUAUAGUAAAUCCGGGAGCCAAGAAAGAAGAGCUGUAAGGAACGGGCACCCAGAAACUUCUUGGCACCCAAAGAACACUACAAACUGUAUCCUAUCUUGGUUGGUCCUUCAAGUGUGAUUCCAGCACCCUUUCUACAGUUGACCGCUUAACUCUGCCUUUCUACUUUGGAUAUUGUCUCUACACUAAUUUUCUUGAUGUCCAGGUUGGUAAGUGGCCAGAUUUCCAUGAAGAACUGCCAUCCAGUCAUCACCAGUGGACAAUUGUGGAAGCUGGUGGUUCUGCCCUUAACAGAGGGACAUGGAGUAGAGAGCCCUUUUUCCUUCUGUCCUUGACACGAGAAGUAAAUCUGGAAUCUCCUUGGAGAUCAGCAUAUUGAAAGAAACUUCCCAAUGGACUAAGAGAGCUGAGUGUUCUAAUAUUACAAUAGGUGCUUUCUCCUAAAAGGGUUAAAAAAAAAUCUUUAAAAAAGAGAGGGGAAAAGAGAACAGAGACAAAGAGAAACUGACUCUUCUUUUUACUGUCUCUUUUGCUUGCUUUCACAUGUAAUGUUUCAUGCAGGGGAGCUGCAAGGCCUCAUGAUGGCUUAGUGAACACUAAUACCCCAAGUUUGGAGUCUUUAUCCAGCCCUGUUUAUCUCAUUCAUCCUUGCCCUCCUCAGCCAGUUAACAAGAGGAUGGUGUGGACAGUUCUCCCCCUGGUCCCUCUUGCUUAAGACCUUUGACCCUAUUCUGUUUAGUCUGUCAGAUCAUAUAUCUCGAUCUGAAAGAGAAGAAGGGUUUGACCUGAGGCCCUGCCGUCACCACCCGCAGCUCUGCUUCUUUAGAAGAUGACCGUUCUGUGGGGCCAGGCUGGUUUCUUCUAAAGCUCCCCUUCAUUGGCAUGCUAGAUAGACCCUUGAUGCUACCCACCACCCACGUUCCCUAUUUUUGCAGCCCAGUGUUUGCUGAUGUUCAUGACUGGCCUUCCUCCCUUCCCGCAGAACCAUGGCUUGUGCAUUGUCUAGAACCUCCUCUGGCACAAGUGAAUAUUUCUCAUCCCACACACAUUCCUUUCUCCAUUCUUUCAUACAAAGAAUAUUUAUGAAAUGCCUACUGUGUGUAAGUCACUGUUAGGUACCCAUCCUUGAAAAAAGUCUCUCUCCAGGGAUGGAGAAGUAUAAAGGAUUCCAUGAGACAUACCUGAUUGAAUCAAAGCAGCAGAAGGCCUGCCCUUCCCCUCCCCACUCCUUUUAUCUUAGUAGAAGUCCUCUUUUCCAGAAGAAUCUUCCAAAAAUGAGCCUUUCUCAUUGCUCACUGUAAUGGAAUUGAUGAGUUUGGGGAGCACGAAGCUGAGUUGCUUACUUGCCUGCAGGAUCUUAGUUGAUGGUUCAGGAUUUUUGUUGUUGUUUCUGUUACUCUACAAGAGUGUAGCGUUUGCGGGGGUGGCUACAGCAGUGGAUAAUGUUUUCUUAACACGUCUACGCACACUGCGUGGAAACAUGGCCAGCUCUGUGUCACAGAUCAGAAAAUUGACCAUAACAUUGCAAAUCCCGUUGAAGGUAUUGACAUCUUGAAGGGCAUUCUUCCCAAGCUUAGACAGUGGCAGUCAUAAAUAAUCAGGCACCAAGAAAGAGACUACUUAACCCAAAUCUAGCCCUUGGACCACCUCUCUGGCCAGACGCCCACCAGACACUCACAUCUUCUGAUAAGAGUUGCUGGGCUAGAUGUGCUUCCCUUGCAUUCUCCCCCUUCCCCCUCCCCAUUAUUCCUCCAGAGAAUCUGGUGCUGCCUGUAAAGUGACCACAGCCAUCAGCCCAGUAUCUUCCCACCAGCAGCCCUCAACUGUCCCAUUAACUUAUAUGGUCAUAUCUCCAGCUGCCCUAAUUCCCUGGUGUAAAACAGUCUGUCCUGUGAGAAGCUGUAGACUGUUUCUUAUCGAAGGUUAAGUGGGCUCUGCUCAUAAACUUCUUACUGAGAUGCUUCCUGAUAGCCAGGCUGGCCAGAAGUGGGGGAGGUGGGAGAUGUAGGGAUUAGACAGUAAGUAGUGGUCGUUUGUGCUCAGUCACCUCAAUUCUGUUUAUUUAUUACACUGCCCAUAAAUCAUAUAGAAAGUCCCCAGUACUUAGGCCUGAAGUAUUGGAACGUCACUUUAUCUACCAUAAUGCAGAGAACUGAGGUAUGAUGAUACCCUUCACAGGACUACAGCAGGCCAGAGCAGGCAGGCAGGAGGCCAUGCCCGGAGAAGUGAUGUGGCCCUGGCGGCCAUUCUCCAGCAGGUUUGGCAGGGGAGGGCAUCAGUCAGGUCUCACUAGAUCCUGCGCAUUCUGUCUCUACUCUCAAAUACAGUAUCUGCCACUCACCCACCUGCUGUGUGACUCUCACUGCACUUCCUUUCGUCCCCUUUUCAUUCCAACCCUUCCUGUUGCUUCCCCUCCAAAACCUUAUGGAAGACCUCUGGCAGUGUUUCUAAGAAGAACAAUUCCUGGGACAAACAUCAUAUGUCUGGUAUCUGUGAACCGUACCAGGGAAGCACCUUGAUUCCUCUUGGGUGGUCAUCCUAGCAUCUCAAAUGGUUCUGAGGACUGUUUGAUUCUAGAUGAAAGUAGGCUCUGGCCAAACUUUAAUAACAAACAUGACCUGACUUUAUAUUACAGGGGAAAAAUUAACACAGUGUCUAGUACAUAGAGCAUCUUACCAAGUUGAGCUCAUUCAUCAAGCCAACUUUUACUAAAUGUGCAGUUUCCAUCACACUUAUUGCAUGACACUCCUCUGAUUUUCGUGGUUUCACAAAGUCAGUCAACUGCUGGCGAAGGUCUGUAGCCUUGAAAACUCACUGCACGUUGCCUAUUCCUUUCACCAAACUCAUCUAUUCCGUUGGCAAGUCUAGUUGCCCCUUAGCACCUAGAGAUCUGUGCCCCAAAUCAAGGUCAUCAUAAAAGGGGACAGGAAGAAGAGUGGGUGGGAUCCAAUGCAGGGCUCAUGACUAAAAAAAUACAAUGUGAUUUUUUUUCAUCUUUUCAUAUACCUCUAUCCCAGGUACUCAUUGAGUCCUUGAUGAAGUAUCUCAAUUGAGAUUUACAAGGACUUGGGUACCAUUUGAAAUGGAAAAGAUUGUAAAUGGGCUUUAAUAUAUUAAGAAAUAUGAAUGAGAAUCCCCAAAUCCAUCUCAGCUCUAACCUUUAACUUGGUAUCUUCUAGUCUAAUGAAGAGCUAAAUGCUUCUCUCCCUUACAGUUGAUCUUUAGAAAUACUAGUAAAGCAGAUGGGACCCAAGACUGCCUUCAGUGUUGAUAGUGUCAGUGUGACUUGGCACCUUUUUCACCUUUUGUCACUGAAAAUCUGUUUGGUUUUCCACAAGGAGCUUGUUGGCUCACCCACUCCUCAGAAGAGGAAGAGGAAAUCAUCACAAAGUUUUAGUCAACUGCUGAGCUGAUCCCUCCCCUAUGACGUUCAGGAUUGGCAUUUGGAUUUGCUGCUAGAAAGUCCUGCUGAUCCCAGAACCAUCCUGUCCUCCCCUUUGACCCCAGUAAUGAAGCACAAGCCCACCAGCUACCCUCAGGGGUUUUGAGGAAAGAGCAAAUCAAGGAAUACGUUGCUACUUGGAAUGUGACCUUCACAUGGCGCUUCCUGAGUCAUGGUGGGCCCUGUGUCCCAUCAUAUCAGUAACUUCCAUGUCUGCCUCUCCAGCCUUACCUCCCACCCACAAGAGUUCAGAGCUGUGGAAAAGCAGGUGAGGACAGAGAGUAGGUGCAGUAGGGCAUCCCACCCUUUGCCAAGCCUGCAAGGCCAACCCUCCAUCACUGCCAGUGCUUCUCAGGACAACGACUUGAACAGGUCAAAGAAUUGUUUUUAAAAGAAUCUGGAGUUUUCCCCACGUGGACUAAGGGAAUGUCUGGGCAAGAAAAAACACACACGCAUUACAGGGAAAUCCUUCUGAACAAAAUGGCUGUCUUCACUUACUCUUUUUAAGCAAAAACUGUUUCCAGACUUUUUAGUGUCAAAACUGUAACCAAGUGUCUCCUGAUUUUUUCCCCAAUGUGUUUAGUGAGUGCUGUGACCCUCUUGUAGGUAUUUCUUCUCCUGACUCUUUUGGGGGAAAGGUGGUUUUAGGGAUUGAUUUGGGGGGAGCGGAUCUUUGACCCAUCCCACCUCUUUUGUUUCUCUGCUUGUCAAUAUUGUCUGUGUGGUUCAGAGCAUUGGGGCAGUUACAUUGUGUCCAUUGUUGAGAUGAUUAAGAUAUUAAAAAGUAGUUUGUAGAACUGAACAGUUAAAGAGCUGUGUUUUUAAAAAAUGCAAAGCGGUAUCAUGUUAAUAAAGGAAUUCAAGCUAUGGGGCAGUCGAACUCCUACCCCUUCUCCCAAGCUGGACUGAGGUGACAGCCGGGCUCCCCACUUGGAAACCCUCUCCAGGUAGGUAGGACUGCCUGGGAGAUAGAGACAAAUGCUGAGUCAAAGGAAUUGGAAUCUGGGGCUCUGAGGGUCCCAUUUGUGCCAGAGAUCUCCUGUACAUCCUCAGGACCUCGGGGUAGAGGUUUCGGAGUGUGUGAGCCUGUAACCACCCUCAGACCUGCCUGGGUCCCAUGUCAGUGUGCCUGAUCCUGUGUGGGAGCCCCCCCCCCAACGCUCCCCCAGCCUCUUUCCUGCCAGUAGGUGCUAUAGCAGCCAGCGACACCCCACCCCUGGCACGCAGGCCGAAGGGCCGCACUCAUGUCUCACUUCCUUCUGGCUUCGGUCCCCGGAUGGUUUCCCUUAAAGCUUUUCAGGCCGCCCGCCACCCUGGCCAGAGCCGCCUCUCUGGACCCCGGUGGGGCAAGGACAGGAACGCGGCCAAGCCAGAGAAUUCAGCCUCCAGCUGUGAGCCCAGCUCUCCUUCCUGUGCCCGCCAGUAACUGCGAUCCACUGUGGUGUGGCGGGCACCCCCGGCUCACCUGCCCGGGACCCCACUGAGCGCUCAGGGCGGCCGGGGUGCAGGCCUGAUGUUCCCAGGACCUGCUCCCCUCUCUCAACGCACGGGCACGACUCCUUCUAGCUUGAGUUCCUUGUGGUGACAGUAGCAGCUGCAAUGAUCAUGUCUGUGAUGCAAAUGCACCCGCUGCCUUCAAGUGUGUGUGUGUGUGUGUGUGUGUGUGUGUGUGUGUGUGUGUGACGGCCGGAGUCGUGUUACUGACAGGAUAAUGACAUUACAAACAAAUUGUGUUAUGGUCAACUUUGCCUUGAUAAUUAUUGUAAACACUUGUCCAUUUUUUCUUUUUUAUUCACAAACUAAAUCCAUCAGGAAAUUAUAAAGUUAUUUAAAAGUUG